AGUCCAACCUCUCCUCCCUCACUUCUCUCCCCCACCUUCCUCCUCCCUCCCUUCUCUCUCUCUCUGUCCGAAGGAAUCUCAGUUGGUGUCAGACGGACAUCACAAACAUGGGUCUUCUCCGAUCAUCGCCGUCGUCCUCUUCCAUGGCCAUGUCCCUCCUAGUGCUGUUGACUCUGUCAUCAGCCCUCGACAUGUCCAUAAUCAGCUACGACGAGGCCCACGGCGGCGCCUCCGGUGGGGCCCCCAUCAGGACCGAGGCCGGGGUUGCCGCCCUCUACGAGUCGUGGCUGGCACAGCACGGGAAGGCUUACAACGCUCUGGGUGAGAAGGAGAAGCGGUUCGAAAUCUUCAAGGACAACCUCCGAUUCAUCGACGAGCACAACUUCUCCCCCGCGAACCGGACCUACCGGCUCGGGCUCAACCGGUUUGCUGACCUGACCAAUGAGGAGUACCGGUCCAUCUACCUGGGUACGAGGGUGGAUGGGCGGCGGAGGGCCGCCGGGUCCAGGCGGAGCAGCCGGUACGCCGCGGAGGCCGGUGAGGAGCUUCCGGCCUCCGUUGACUGGAGGAAGGAGGGUGCUGUCGUCGACGUCAAGGACCAGGGAAGCUGCGGGAGUUGCUGGGCAUUCUCGACGAUUGCCGCUGUGGAAGGUAUAAACAAGAUUGUCACAGGCGACUUGAUCUCGCUGUCUGAGCAAGAGCUCGUCGACUGCGACACGUCCUACAAUGAGGGGUGCAACGGUGGUCUCAUGGACUAUGCGUUUGAGUUCAUUAUCAACAACGGAGGCAUAGACUCUGAAGAAGACUAUCCCUACAAGGGCUACGAUGCCACGUGUGACCAAUACAGGAAGAACGCAAAGGUUGUGACAAUCAAUGGUUAUGAAGACGUUCCUGAGAACGACGAGAAAUCGUUGCAGAAGGCUGUUGCUAAUCAGCCUGUGAGCGUUGCUAUUGAAGCCGGUGGGAGGGCCUUUCAGUUCUAUGAUUCGGGUGUAUUCACUGGAACAUGCGGAACUGCACUGGACCAUGGUGUCACAGCUGUGGGAUACGGGUCAGAAAAUGGAGCUGACUACUGGAUUGUGAAGAACUCGUGGGGCGACAGCUGGGGAGAGAAGGGCUACAUAAGGAUGGAGAGGAAUGUGGCCAAUUCCGUAGCAGGCAAGUGUGGGAUUGCGAUGGAGGCCUCAUACCCGCUUAAGACUGGCCAGAACCCUCCCAACCCAGGUCCCUCUCCUCCUUCUCCAAUCAAGCCCCCGACUGUGUGUGACAGCUACUAUACAUGCCCGCAGAGUAACACCUGCUGCUGUGUGUAUGAAUAUGCAAGCUACUGCUUCGCUUGGGGAUGCUGCCCAUUAGAAGCCGCAACUUGCUGCGAGGACAACUACAGUUGCUGCCCCCACGAAUACCCGAUAUGUGACGUCAAUGCUGGCACUUGCUUGAUGAGCAAGAACAGCCCGUUCAGCAUCAAGGCAUUGAAGCGUACUCCUGCGAAGUUCCAUUGGGCUUUUGGGAGAAAGAGCAGUGUCUAAUUCAGUUCUGGGGAAUUUAGCUGCGGACAAGGUUGUUGAUUUCGUUCUGCCGCAAACCUUCAGAAAUUCUUAAGAUUUCAUAUCCUGAGAAAGGAUAUGCCUAUCCUGCUAAUAUGUUAUGAAGGACAAGGAUUAGUUAUUAUGUAAAUAGGGAUUUUAGCCAUUUAUCUAGGCAUGCAUUCGAAUCUACAGCUGCAGCAGAUUUGCAAACAUUAUCCAGAACCCAAAUUUCCUAUGUAAAUCCAUUAUUGUCCUUAUAAAGGAUUAUGUAAUGUGCUCUUUUCUCAAUGUAAUUCCGAUGCUUUCAUACAACCUAAGCUUCCC